AUGUCUCACCACGUUUUGCUCAUCGGCGGUCAUGGCAAGGUCUCGCAGCUCCUCACACCUUUACUCCUCUCACGAUCCUGGAAUGUGACCUCAGUCAUCCGAACAGCAGACCAGAAACCUACAAUCGAAGCUUUGGGCAAGGGCCAGCCUGGCAAGCUCGAUGUGCUUGUUAGCAGCGUUUCAGAUGUCAAGACAGAGUCCGAUGCAAAGCAGAUCAUCGAGCGAGUAAAGCCGGACUGGGUGGUCUGGAGUGCUGGUGCAGGUGGUAAGGGUGGUGCAUCGAACACAAUCGCUGUUGACCGCGACGCGGCUAUCGCGUUCACAAAGGCUAGUAUCCACACACCCAGUGUGAAGAAAUUCCUCACAGUUUCGUACCUGUCAAGCCGAAGGGGCAGACCGAGUUGGUGGAGCAACGAAGACAACGAGACUGCACAAAAGACCAACACUGAGAUUUUGCCUACGUACUACAAGGCAAAGGUUGCCGCAGACGAGGUUCUGACCGUUUUGUCACGUGAGCGCACAGAGAAAGAGGCCAAGGAUGGUGUACCCAAGCACGAGCGUUUCGCUGGUAUCAGUCUAAGGCCUGGCGGUCUGACCGACGAGAAGGCCGGCGGCGUAAAGGUUGGAAAAAUCGGAACCGGGGGGAAGACCAGCCGUGACACUACAGCACAUGCCAUCGUUGCGGCCCUGGAGACAGGCGUAACUGGAUGGGUGGAUGUAAUCGAUGGAGAUGAGGAUCCGAAGCAGGCCAUCCAGAAGCUGGCCGAUCAGGGCAUCGAUACUGCCGAGGAGGAAGACUGGGAGGCGGCGAGGGAGAGAGUGUCGAGAUUGUAG